AUGCCAGCUCCAUUUGAAAAAGGUUCUGAAAAGAAGGGUGCCACUUUGUUCAAAACCAGAUGCUUACAAUGUCACACUGUUGAAAAAGGUGGUCCAAACAAGGUUGGUCCAAACUUGCACGGUGUUUUCGGUAGAAAAUCAGGUCAAGCUGAAGGUUACAGCUAUACCGAUGCUAACAAGAAGAAGGGUGUCACUUGGAGUGAACAAACCAUGUCUGACUACUUGGAAAAUCCAAAGAAAUAUAUCCCAGGUACCAAGAUGGCUUUCGGUGGUUUGAAGAAACCAAAGGACAGAAACGAUUUGAUCACUUACUUGCACAAAGCUACUUCCGAAUAA